AUGAGCACAAUACCGCCGGUCCUGCACCGCAGUGCGCGGGCCAUCACCCCCCAUGAGUUCCUCGAGGCUCUGCAGGCCACAUGUGCCCCACGCUUCCCUCUGGCGCGUGGACGCACUCAUCGACCAAUCGCCCUGGCGGUGAGUGGCGGAGUAGACUCUAUGGCCCUCGCCUACCUCUGCACCACCAUCAAACAGACAGAUCACUGGUUCAAGGUUGCGGACCAUCCUGUCAGCAAUGCCUUCGGCCUCAUCAUCGACCACGGCUUGCGCGAGGGCAGCGCCGACGAGGCGGAGAGUGUCGCCAAAGUCCUCAGACAGCUUGGCCUGAGGCCGAAGACGCUGAAGAUCCGCUGGGGUGACGUAAACGCCGGAGAUGCUAACCCAAAUGACCUGCCCAAUGUUGAGACGGUGGCUCGCUACCUCCGCUACCGCCGUCUCGGCACAUUCUGCAAGGCUUGGCGUGUGGCCUCUCUCUUUACCGCACACCAUGAGGACGACCAGUAUGAGACUGUCAUGAUGAGGCUGCUCUCGGGCCACGGGCACCGCGGCUUGCAGGGGAUGCGUCCCGCAACUGAUAUCCCGGAGUGCUACGACUUGCACGGCGUGUACCAGAGCGGAUUCAUCGACGACCAGCGGCGCGACAAUCCCUUCUGGAACCUGACGCCGAAUGAGCGCCAGAGGAGGGAGUUGAGGAGGGGCCUCAGGCAUGAGAUAGACCCUGCUGUUCUCGCCAAGGAGGUUGAAGAAGGCCUGAAGAUCGACGCUGUCGCCGCAUACGCCGACGAUUAUGACGGUAUCGCAAAAGGAAGCAAGCGUGCCCCUGCUGUGAUGCCGCUGGAGUUUGAGGAUGGCGGCGUCAUGGUGUACCGCCCGCUGCUCCGUUUCAGCAAGGAGAGGUUGAUCGCAACGUGCCUUGAGAACGGCAUUCCCUGGUUUGAGGACCACACCAACGCCGACCAGACGUUGACUAUGAGGAACGCUGUCCGAUACAUGCACAAGAACCACAAGCUGCCUGUCGCUCUGCAGAAGCCCGCCAUUCUUCAACUCGCAGAGCGGUGCCGAGCAAGGGUGGCUUCGGCCGAAGCCGAGGCGGGGAGGCUCCUUAGCCGCACCGCGAUCCACGAGUUUUGGGCCAAUGCCGGCACCGUGGUGCUGACUCUUCCCAAGCUUUCUUUUCCGUCUGUGCCCAGGAGGUCCUCAGCUUCUCCGACCGCGCGGCGGAGGCGCGCCGAGCAUUACCGCCACAUCGCCGCGCUCCUGAUCCGCAAGCUGCUCUCCAUGGUGACGCCGGAACGGGAGCUGAGCCAAGUUGCCCAACUGAGCCACCUGGUCUCCAUGUUCUUCCCGUCCUUGGCAGAAGAAGACGCAACCCCACCGGAACCCAAACCCUAUGUCAUCUGUGGCGUGCACUUCAUUCCCCUGGCCGCGGACGACUACCCCCUCCGCUGGCUGCUGACAAGAGCACCGCACGCCUCGAACGUCCCGCGGCCCUCAAUCACCUUCCGGGAACUCCCGUUUGCGAAACGUCUCGGCAAGCAUCCCAGCGCGUGGAAGACACUGGGCUGGGCCGAGCCUGAGCUCUUCGACGGCCGCUACUGGAUCCGCAUCCUGCACCGCCUGCCCUGCAAAGUCGUUGUUGCUCCUUUCGAACCGGAGCACCACAAACCGUUCAGGGAGGGCCUCGCCGACGACCACGCCAGGAAGGGGCUCGCUUCAAUGCUCCGGCGAUAUGCGCCGGGCAAGACCCGAUUCACCCUCCCAGCGAUUUACGCCACCUGGGAAAGGCAGCUGAAGGAAGAGGAGAAGCUGCAGCUGCUGGCCUUGCCUACGCUGGGCGUUGCCCUGCCGGGAGUGGAGGAUUGGUUGCGCUGGGAAGUGCGGUACCGGAAGGUGGAUGACGAGCUGUUGCGGUUGAGCAGGCUCGGCGGGCGGAUCAUUGAACGGCGGGGGUUGAGAGGACGGGUGAGGUGGUUGUAUUGGUGGUUAAAGCUGGGGCGAAGGAAAGGCACCACUACAAGGCCUAGGCGGUGGGGGUAUAGCGAUUGGCGAGCCUCGAGACGAAGAAUUACACGCUAA